UUACGCUGAGCUGCCGAGUCACCCCAAAGACUGGAACCAGACAUGGUUCUACUGUCAAGACACCUCUCCGGCUAACGAGAAGCCUCUGCCCGGCUUUUGUGCCCUGCAUCUUGAGUCCAAUCAUCAUCUAGCUGACAAGUUAACUUCUGUUGAGCGCCUGGCUCUUAACCCUACUAUCAGAAAGAUCAAAGCCCUUUUAGGCAACGGGUUGACUGGCAUUGAUUUGGUCUGGGUCUGGGUCACCUGGCGGAUACUACCAUUAAGCCGCCGCUCCGGCUUAAUGUGUACUUACACAUGCGAAAAGGACGACUCAAUGCUUCAUAGUCCUGAGGACUUACCAGAUGAUGUGGUAGAUGCCACAGUCCAAUCGCUAUUGAAGGAGGGCACUGUAACCAACAAUACUUUCAGUCUGCUUCCCUUCUGCAAGAAGAAUCCGGCUCCUGCAGCCGAUGACAACUUCUGGAAGGUCAAAUAUGACCAUGAGGCUGCAAAACUGGCCCGGGCGGCUAAAAAGACCGAAAGAAAAGCCGCCAGGACGGGUACCUCUAAAAAGAAGAAACCCAGCGCCUCUGAUAUGCUUAAAUUGGACGACUCUUCUUCAGAUGAGGAAGAGGAGGAUACUGGGAACAGUCAAGCAGCUGGCGAAGAGCAGCUUGAGAACCGGCGGCAGACUCGGGCCAACCAGGACGCAGAGCUUUCCUCCAGCUUACCCGAUGUAACCAGGAAGCAUCGGACCGAGGAUACCUCCCCUUCUUCUGAUGAGUCGAUGCAAUCGAACAUGCCGGCUUUCAAAACGGCUCCCGGCUUGCAAGUAAAGCCCAGCAAGAGGGCAAAGAAGAAUAAGCCGUCCCAAGACCCGGUGGUUACUGAACCGGUGCUUGACUCAUCCGUUCCAGACAGCUCCGCUCAUCAGCCACCACCUGAACCGGCUUCUGACAUUCCGGAGCCAACUUCUGACCCGCCUGCAGAAGAUGUGAUUCACAACUCGGAUGACCCGGAAACUCCUAGCCCGGCCAAAACGGUUGACCCAGAGGUUGAAAUUGUGAAGAGCCAAUACGUUGAACCGGGCCGGCCUACUGCCCUUGCCCAAUGCACCGUCAAGGAGGAAUUUGCCCAGCGCCGGAAGUCCAAACAAGACAUCACCGAUUAUUCUCACCUAAGUAUUGGUGAUAUAGUCUCAGGUUAUCUGAACCAAAUACACAGUAGUCGUGACCUAGAAAUUGACAUGGUGAAGCAAAUACAACAUAAAUCUGAGGCCACCGUAAGUCAAUUUGAGGCGGAGAUUGCUGAUUUGAAGAGCCAGUUGAAAACCCAAGAGCUCGAAGCUCAGAAAGCCAAUUCCAAGUUUGAAUUCAUUGUCUCUAAACAAGAGAAGCUGAAGAAAAUUUUGAAUCGGAAAAGAAGGCUUGGGUUGACGAGAGGGCUUCACUGGUGACCCGGGUGGAAACAGCGGAGGCAUCUCUUGCCGAGGCAACAAAUGAGCUGUCCGACUUAAAGCGGCACAUAUCCCAGAUGGUCUCAGCUAUCUUUGGCCCCAGAAGUACCAAUCUGAAGGAAAAUAUGCUUGUCGAGCUUAAGGCAGUGUAUACCUUGGUAGAGCAGCUGUACUCUGGGUCACAGCAUGCGUUGACUGCUGUGGCUUUAUCAAAUACCUCUCCCCGGCUCCUGCAAGACAUGUUGAGACAUCUGUCGGUGCUACCUCAACGCAUUCAAGACUUAAGGUGGGCAUCCGCGAGAGCCGGAGCCGUGGCUGCGUUGAGUCGGGCAAAAGCAUGGGUGCCAGAGCUUGACCUUGCUGACCUCUCUCUUGGAUAUCCAAGUCUUAAGGAGGACGGCACUGCUUUUGGCGAACAGGACUUCACUGCCUGUGUUAAAGUCGUACGCCCUCUGGCGACUCUCAUUGGGGAGGACACUGAUCUCACCAAGUAUUCGCCGGGUUAUGAUAGCGAGAACCGGAGAAUCCCAAAUGUCCCAUAUGACCAAGUCAACCUGCUCCCUCCAAUGCGUAAGCAUACCUUUGCCCCUGAAGUGGACCCAACCAGUUUAAUAGAUGAUGAAGCUGAAUUUGAAGCUUUGAGCGGCAUUGACUAGGCCUCGUCCACCUUCCAGGACACAACAACCGAAGGAGAGGCGGGGAAGGAUAAUCCGGAGUCAUCAAGCCAGCCGGAGGAAGCCGCCAGCCAGGUCAUAACUUGGCAAAGAACAAUGCUUCACUUAUUCAGACUCGGGGAGUCUUGUAAUAGGAUAGAAUAACUCCUUAAUGCCUGUCAUGCCUUAUGGUACUUAUUGCUUUUGUUAAGCCGCCAGUACUAAA